GGCCGGAAGAGCUGGUGCUGGAAUUAGAACCGGAGGAGCCGCCGGGGCUCCUCCGGUUGCCCGGGCGGUGGCUGCCUGACGCCUGAGCGCGAAGGGCGCGGAGGUACCCUGUUUUUCUGUCAAGAGUUGACCAUGUCAGAAUGAAAAGAAGCUAUCUUUGCAGACUGCUGUCUGUGGAACCUUUGAAGACGAGGAGCCUGUGGAUCAAGCUAUGGUGGAAGAUGUUUCGGAAAGGCAAAAAGCGCCACAGCAGUAGCAGUUCCCAGAGCAGUGAAAUCAGUACCAAGAGCAAGUCUGUAGACUCCAGCCUUGGCGGGCUCUCACGGUCCAGCACCGUGGCAAGCCUUGACACCGAUUCCACUAAGAGUUCAGGACAAAGCAACAACAAUUCAGACACCUGUGCAGAAUUUCGAAUAAAGUAUGUUGGUGCCAUUGAGAAACUGAAACUCUCAGAGGGGAAAAGUCUCGAAGGGCCACUGGAUCUGAUAAAUUAUAUAGAUGUUGCUCAGCAAGAUGGAAAGUUGCCCUUUGUUCCACUGGAGGAAGAAUUUAUUAUGGGAGUUUCCAAGUAUGGUAUAAAAGUGUCCACAUCAGAUCAGUAUGAUGUUCUGCAUCGGCACGCUCUGUAUUUAAUCAUCCGGAUGGUGUGUUAUGACGACGGGCUUGGGGCAGGAAAGAGCUUACUGGCUCUGAAGACCACAGAUGCGAGCAACCAAGAAUACAGCCUGUGGGUUUACCAGUGCAACAGCCUGGAACAAGCACAAGCAAUCUGCAAAGUUUUAUCCACUGCUUUCGACUCUGUAUUGACUUCUGAGAAACCUUGAAUUCUGCAAGGGGGAAGUAAGCUUCAUGUUCAAAUUCAGCUGUUUUCUCAAUAGUUUCUGUUUCCAGUCUGCAGUGUUGAACUGUUAUGGAAAUAUGAGCAAUCUUUUGCUCUCGAUUUUCUGAAGAAAAUGCAGUGUAUAAAAUACCAGUCAUUUGUUUUUCUAGUAAAAUGUGUCUUAUUUAACAGCAAA